AUGAAUCCCCCCGACAAACAAGCCUGCCUCAUCAUCGGCGUAUCACGAGACAUUAGCUGUCAAGUGGCCAUCGACCUUGCGAAGCACCUCGUCAGCGUCGUCAAAACCACCUCGGACACCAGCAUUAUCCCGGCCACUGAAUUUCCUCCAGAUCCCAACUCUCCCCAAUUCAUGGUCAACACCAUCGCCCGCGAGAUUUCAGAAGCCGGGGGUUCCGUAUUCGCUCUCCCCGUCGACAUCAAGGACCUGAUUGACGAGGAGUCCGCUGUCUCGGCCGGCGCGACGUGCUCAUCUACAAUUGGGGUGCUUGUCUAG